AAGGUCCGCUCCCUCUCCGGUCCACCGCAUUGUUCCUCGCCUUCACCAGCACCCCCUCACUUCACCUUUCAAAAAGAAAGAACAAUAUCCAGCCGGCAUGCCCAGAAGGUAAUGCCAUCGCGCCUGACACUGUCAAACAUCCUGAACGGAACCCGCUCUUUCUCCUCCCCCAAAGUCAAACUCUCAAGAUUCCAUGCCUCAGCCAUAUGCCUCGCCAAUGAAGUAAACCACUACGAAACCCUCGGGGUACCAUACUCCGCUACCAAGGCCGAAAUAAAGAAGUAAGUCCCCCCCCCCACCACCGACCUAUCCGCCCAUUAACCCUUUUCCUGCCUUCCCGCCUGUGCUCAUCCCUCAACAGGCGAUUCUAUGAAUUAAGCAAGAAGCACCACCCAGACCUUAACCGCCACGACCCGCACGCUCCGAAACGCUUUGUAAGCAUCAGCUCCGCCUAUGCGAUUCUCGGGAACGCGGAGAAGAAAGAGAAGUACGAUAGGGAGGUCCGGCGGCGAGUCAGUGGGAGCAUAGCCUGGACAUCAAGCGCCAGUGGAAGCCCCGCGGGCGCAAGGCCCGCUCAAGGGCUGAGCAAGAGGCGAACACAUUUCCACGGGCCGCCGCCGUCGUUUUAUCGAAAUGGUGGGUGGGCUACAUUCAAGGGGAGUUGCGGCAACCCCAGACCUAAUGCCAGGGUAGCGGGCGGCGCAGCUGGUUUUCCGAACGAUGGCUACAUGCACGAUGUGCCCCAUUUUAAUUUCGAUCUAAAGUAUCGCCAGCACAGAACGCAGGAACAGAGGUGGGAAUCGAGAUGCAAGGCCCCUCGAGUUGUAAAUGAUGGGAAAGGGAUAGUUAUGCCUUUGGUUAGCGUGGCUAUGAUUUUGCUGGUAGCUGUCUCUUUGGGGUCCUAUGGGCAAUCGAAACAGGAUAGAAAGUACGAGUAGUGUGUAUUUUAUUUGCGAUAGUGUAGUAAAGGGAGUCUCGGCUUGGCAUUUUGAAUUGAGCGCUGCAUCCUGACGCUGCCAGUCUUCAGUUCCAAG